CGCUGCGCUGGCAACCGCCAUGGAGUCCUCAAAGCUCCGACUUGGAAGCAUCGCCCCGGAUUUCGAGGCAGACACCACUGAAGGGCAAAUCAGGUUUCACGAAUGGAUCGGCGACUCUUGGGUCAUGUUCUUCUCGCAUCCCGGCGACUUCACGCCCGUCUGUACGACGGAGCUCGCUGACAUCUCACACCGGGCACCACAGUUCCUAGAGCGUGGCAUCAAGGUUAUUGGCAUCUCAGCUGACGCGCUCCAGGAGCACUACGAAUGGAUUGAAGACAUCAUCGAAAUAGGGAACAAGACUGCCCCGACAUGCGUCGAGUACCCCAUUAUUGCAGAUCCGGGCAGGAAGAUUGCAGAGAUGUAUGAGAUGUUUGACGGGGAGGAAAUGACAAACAUUCGCACCGUCUUUUUCAUCGACCCGAAGAAGACCAUCCGUGCGAUGGUCAUCUACCCUGCGUCUGUUGGCCGCGACUUUGACGAGAUCAUCAGGGUGUUUGACGCUCUCCAGACCGCUGACAAGUACCCGAUCGGUACGCCUGCUAACUGGCAGAAAGGCGACGACGUCAUUAUACAACCGCAUGUCUCGGAUGAAGAAGCUAGGAAACUCUUUCCGGAAUAUAAGACUUUAAUUCCAUACCUGCGCACAACGCCAUUGCCGCCGUCGUAGUGGAGCGCCCUCAUACUUGCAUUUCUUGUUUUUUUGGAACAGUGCUGCAUAGAGCUAAGUUAUGUUGGCGGCCUGUAUCAUCGAUCUGUACUAGGUAGUGUCUCCAAUCCAAUUUUAAAAAAAUUAUACUCUCCGGCUCCUGAGCGUGCCUCGUACACAGUGCGGUCGCACAUUGAUGGACGAGCGCCGGCCGCACAAAAGUGGAUAUCGUCUACUCAUCAGUCGCUUGCUGUAGUGCAAGGAAACAGCUUUCACGCGCCCACAGCGCCCUUCUUGAGUUGACGAUAGGCCUUGAUCACUCGCUCACGCUCCUCUUCCAGCAUGGCCUUCUGAGCCAUCGACAUAGCUCCUUCGCGCAAGCUCGUCGAACCCUUGACACCGGUGUCCGCGGCCUUGCUUGCCUUUGCCCCGCGCGGCAGCCUCUUCAGCUCCGGCGGAGCCUUCGCAAUGUCGUUCAGCCGCCGCGGCGCACUCGCCGAGAAGGCCACAAAAUCCUUCGGCCUGUCCUUUUCGUUCGCUUCGCCAGUUUGCGUGGGGUUCGCGGACCUGGAUGCGGGGGCGUCAUUGUCGUCGUCCUCGUCUAUCACCGCGACCUUGCCGACCUUCUUCUUGCUCUGAGGAGUGGGAGACACCGAGCGACUCGGUUUGGCAUUUCUGCCCGCCUUUUGUGUCUCUUUGGCCAUCUCUUCUUCUUUCUUAACUUUACGUGCCGCUGCCGCAGAUAUCUGAACAGCUUCUCGUACAAGGGGGCGCAUGGACUCUUCAACUCGUCUAUUGAAGUGCGCAAGGGACUCGCCCGGCAUGAUCUUCAUUGCAACCUUCCCUUCCCCCUUCCCCUCCGCCUCCGCCUCCGUACGCUGCCUCUUCCUCGGCCUCCUGUCGUCGCCCUCCGUCUUGCGCUUCCUGCGCCACUCCUCCUGGAUCUUCGCCGCGUUGAGCACACGCGCGGCACUCUUCGGCACCGCUUCACUGUUCAGCGCACCCUUCGACUGCGAGCCGGGCUCGUUGUCCGUCCCUCUGUAUCCAAAAACGAAGGGGAUAAGACAAGGGCGGCGUCAGCGACGGGCUGGCGGGCCACUGACUUUGCAGAGCGCUGCUU